UUUAAAUUGAACUAACUUCAUCCAUUUUUGUCUUAGUGCCCAUAGAGUGAUUGGGUACCUGAUCAAUAGUGCAUUAGGAAGGAAUCGCCGCACAAAAACACUUAACUUACCCCAUGGGCUGCGGCUAUUCAAUUUCCCUGUAUAAAUUCCAUGAAUCAUUCCUUUCCCCCCCCUUUUUUUUUUCUUUCUUUCUUUCUGAAAUCAUUGUUAUCUUUCUUUCUUUUUUUUCACUUUUCACAUUUAUUAUUCGUUCCAUUUUUAUAACAUAUAUAUAUAUAUUUAAACCAUGACUGUUAAAGAAUAUAAAGCUCACCCUGGUGAAAAAGUAUUGACUAUUAAUAGUAUGAACAAUUAUAUCAAGAAAGUUGAAUAUGCUGUACGCGGUCGUAUUGCCAUCCGUGCUGAAGAAAUUAGGGAUGAACUCUCUGCUGGUAAAAAGUUUCCCUUUGAUACAGUUGUCAACUGCAAUAUUGGAAAUCCCCAACAACUUAAUCAAAAACCAAUCACAUUUUUCCGUCAAGUAGCUUCAUUAUGUGAAAACCCUGAUUUAUUAUCGGAUGACAAGGCUCACUUGGUAUCACAACUCUAUCCAUCAGAUGCCAUCACCCGAGCUAAGCAAUUACUCAAGGAUAUUGGACCAAGUAUCGGUGCUUAUUCUCAUUCUCAAGGUGUUCCAGCCAUUCGACGUACAGUAGCCAACUUUUUAGAAAAACGUGAUAAUAGUUCUCCUGCCAAUAUCAACCAUAUCUAUUUAACUCAAGGUGCUUCUUCUGGUGUACAAACUAUUCUGACUAUGUUGACUCAAGACAGUCAUUCUGGUAUCAUGAUUCCAAUUCCACAAUAUCCACUCUAUAGUGCCACUCUCUCUCUGGUAGGUGCAACACCAGUGCCUUAUUAUUUGGAUGAACGACAACAAUGGGGUUUGGAUAUCGAACAGUUGACACGAAUAGUGAAGGAAGCAAGACAUAAUGGUACAGAUGUACGUGCGCUUGUGAUCAUCAACCCUGGAAAUCCAACAGGUCAAUGCCUCACCAAAGAAAACUUGACAGAAAUCUUGACUUUUUGUUACAAUCAGCAACUUGUACUUUUAGCUGAUGAAGUCUAUCAAACCAAUAUCUAUACUAAAGAACGACCCUUUAUUAGUUUCCGCAAGGCUUUAUUGGAUCAUCCAUUGGAACAUGUCAAGAAGCAAGUGGAACUCGUUUCAUUCCAUUCCAUCUCCAAAGGUAUGGUUGGUGAAUGUGGUCGUCGUGGCGGUUACUUUGAAUGUAUCAAUUUGAAUCAAGAUAUUUUGGAUCAAAUCUACAAAAUGGCCUCUGUCUCUUUAUGUCCAAAUAUUCAUGGUCAAAUCUUGGUCGAUCUGAUGUGUCAUCCACCCCAACCCAAUGAUCCUUCCUAUCCUCUCUAUCGUGAAGAAUAUGAAGCCAUCUAUCAAUCACUAAAACGAAGAUCGCAACGUUUGGAGGAUGCCUUUAAUGCCAUGGAAGGUGUAUCCUGUCAACCUGCUCAAGGUUCUAUGUAUCUCUUCCCUACUAUCACUUUGCCCAAGAAAGCUAUUCAAGAAGCUCAACGUCGAGGUUUAGCUCCUGAUGCCUUUUACUCUGAAGAAAUGUUGGAAGCUACUGGUGUAUGUGUGGUCCCAGGUUCCGGAUUUGGACAAGUAGAAGGCACUUACCAUUUUAGAUCUACCUUUUUACCAGAAGAACAUCUAUUUGAUGCCUUCUGUUCCAAUAUUGAAGCCUUCCAUGCCAAGUUUUUGAAUCAAUACAAGGAUUAGAUUAGAAUAUUCCUAUUUCUUCCUUACCCUCAUAUAUAGUUUUAUCUCAUCUUUUUUUUUUUUUUUGUUUUAGAUGUAUGUAUAUUAUUAUUGAAUAAAGAUGACAUUGAAUUGACUCUUCCGUUAUUUUCCAUAAAAAAUGUUGAUGAUGACUACAAAUGUACCAAAGCUAUUCCAUUCUCCGUUUGAAAUGGAAUCUGACAUCUAUUGAUACAAUAAACCUACCUUCAUUUUUUUUUUUUUUUGAAAAGGAGAUAAAU